UCUGGAGGGCAGGGGCUUGCGGGGCAUCUGCUCCCGAGUCCUCUCCGGGAACCGCCGCAGUUGGGAAGAAGGAUCCGUGGGUCCCGCCCCUGAGGCUCCGCCCCGUCCCGUCCCAGCUUUACCGGCCAGAGGUCCCGGGGCCUCCUAGGCGGCCGGGACUGGGUCGCGCGAUGUCGCAUGGAUCGGGGCUCAUCCGGACCACGUGCAGCAGCAGCAGCGGCUCGCCCGGGCCAGGCCAGCCCUCGGAGGGACUGCUGGACCCGGUGUACCCGCUCACCCAGGGCGCCCUGCUCAAAGUGGCACAGAUGGUCACCCUGCUGAUUGCCUUCAUCUGUGUGCGAAGCUCUCUCACGAUCGACUAUGGCGCCCACAGCUUCUUCGAAGUCGUCACCAUGUGCGACCUGAUAAUGAUCCUCAUGUUUUAUCUGGUCCACCUCUUCCGGGUCUACCGCGUGCUCACCUGCAUCAGCUGGCCCCUGUCGGAACUUCUGCACUAUGUAAUCGGCACGCUGCUUCUCCUCAUCGCCUCCAUAGUGAUAGCCUCCAAGAGUUACAACCUGAGUGGUCUGAUAGCCGGAGCGAUCUUUGGGUUCCUGGCCAGCUUCCUCUGCCUGGCGGGCUUGUGGCUGUCCUACAAGAUCACCUGCAUAACCCAGUCAUCAGAUGCAUCUGCCUGAUGAGGCCGUAGCCUCUGGUCCCCUCCAAAGGACCUGCAGGAUGUAGGCUUGCCCCAGGACCCGGAGAAUGGCUAUGGACUGUUCAGGUGACAAGGCCUGUGCCUUCCCUGCUCUGCCAGGACACUGGGUUCCUGGGCAUCAAGCCGCCUUCCACAGUUUGCUGCAGAGAACAUUGCUCUUUUCUGGGCUUUUAGCACCACUCAGGUACCACGGACUAUGCUGCGCACAGUGGAGAGACUUCUGGAUCUGCCUGCAUAGACACGCCUUUCUUUACACCCUCAGGACAGAGCCCACCUAGAGUCCCCACAGAGGCAGCAGACCCUAGUUUAUCUGGCCUACCAGUCUGGUCUUGAAGAGUCUCUGUUCUAAGCGAGGAGCCAGAAGAAACACUAUGUGGCCAUCCUGUCUCUUCUGCCCCCCAUCUCUGCCUUUGUCACUGUGUGUGUAUGUGUGUGAGAGAGGUACAUGGUUUUUAAUAAAAUGUCAAUUGCAACAGGC